AUGGGGCCUUCUUCUUUCAUCCUCCUCCUCGCCAUCGUCGUCCUCCUUGCUCCCGCGGAUGCCACUGCAAGAAGCAUCGGCCAGUCUCCUUCAGGUGUGUCCUCUUCCCUGACGAGUGGAACCCCGGCGAGAUCACCGACGAGGUUAACAGCAGCAGGGAGGGCACAGGGGAAGCUGGAGACGCUGCAGGUGGCCGGAUCCAGUCUUCCGGACUGCUCCCAUGCGUGCGGGUCAUGCAAGCCCUGUCGCCUGGUGAUGGUGAGCUUUGUGUGCGCGUCGUUGGAAGAGGCAGAGACAUGUCCCAUGGCAUAUAAGUGCAUGUGCAACCGCAGGUCUUACCCUGUUCCCUGA